AUGCUUCAACCGAGGAUAGCUCUCCGCCGGGCGUGUGCUAGCUGUCAGAGCAUAGUACCGUCACUAUCACGAACCUACGCUCAAGUCGUUGAUCCUCUUGCCCCGUCUCAGAGCAUCGAUUUGUCGGCCCCAGGGGUGAAAUCAGUCCCGCAAGACAGAUUACAACCUGUAUUUGGAGAAUCUGCUUUGCGUCGAUACACUCCUCGCACGCCUGGUAUCCGCCAUCUUGUCAGACCUAUCAACGACCAUAUAUGGCGCGGCCGACCUGUAUUCAAACUGACCACACCGAAAAAGGGACAUGCGAGAGGUGGUAGAAACCACACCGGUCGAGUCGUGGUUCGACACAGAGGUGGAGGCCACAAGCGAAGAUUAAGGACCGUCGACUUCAUGAGAGAAGAUGGAGGCAGGCAUAUUGUUGAGCGAAUUGAGCACGACCCUGGCAGGACAGCACACAUUGCGCUUGUCCGCCACGAGCAGACUCAGAAGCUGAGUUACAUUCUGGCUGCGGAGGGCAUGCGUGCCGGUGAUGUUGUCGAGAGCUAUCGAUCAGGUCUUCCUCAAGAACUUCUUGACGGAAUGGGAGGUGAUAUUGACCGUGGUCUGAUCGCCUCAAAGACUGCGCACCGAGGUAACUGUCUGAAGUUGGGCAUGAUCCCAGUCGGAACACCUAUCUUCAACAUUACACCAGACAAGGCGUCUAUUGGCAAGAUCUGUCGCAGCGCCGGCACUCACGGCGUCAUCAUCGCCAAGGGUGAAGAUGAGGUACAGAAGGAGAUGCUCAAAUUCAUCAGCGAUCAAGGAGCUGUCACCUCGGAUGGUGGCAAUAUGCAGCUCUCAGCUCUGACACCCGAACAACUAACGCGCUACGAGAAGGCAGCCCAGUUCGUGACUGUAAAGCUAUCCAGCGGCGAGAUCCGCCUCGUCGACAAAGAUGCAGUGGCUACCAUCGGGGUCGCCUCCAACGCCAAUUUCAAGUACACUUCUCUAGGCAAAGCUGGUCGCAAGCGAUGGUUGGGCAUUCGUCCGACCGUGCGAGGUGUCGCUAUGAACGCCGUUGAUCAUCCUCACGGCGGUGGUCGCGGUAAAGGCAAGGGCAAUAACGAUCCCGUCAGUCCAUGGGGCAAGCCUGCCAAGUCUGGUUUCAAAACUCGACCGAGGAGCAAGGUCAACAAGCUCGUCGUGCAGGAACGACCACGAAACCAGGGCAAGCGCAGGAGAGGCAAAUAG